GGAGUGUCCCCAUUGGAAUUGGGGCAUGGCAUCCCCCACAGAAAAAGGUGGUGGCAACAAAAACCUCUUUUUCUACACUCCGCCAUGAUGCCACUACGAUCAUCAUUCUUUCUCUCUCUUUCUCUCUUCUGUCUUCUCUCUUAUGGAACCACCACAUGCAACCACACUCAACUGCUAGAUGGAGAACAAGUGCGGUUGCUGGUCUGUUCUCAAACGCGGUGUUAGAGGUUCCUGCAAAUCUUCUUCAGCUUCCAGACACUCCCCUAACACUAUCCCUCGUACUAGUCUCGUUUAUGAUGCAGCAACUGAGACAAGAUACCUGAAUGCUAGCAAUCGAGAAUUAUGCCCUCCUAAUGAAGCUAGAGUAUCUUCUGACAAUCCUGAUCCCCCACCUCAGGAGAAUAAGGCUCCUUGUCCACUUCUUAAAUUUACAUUUCAAGAACUUAAAGCUGCAACCGGAAAUUUCAGACCGGAUAGUAUUCUUGGGGAGGGUGGUUUUGGUUAUGUUUUCAAAGGAUGGAUAGAGGAAGAUGGAACCGCCCCGGCGAAACCUGGGUCAGGGGUUACCGUGGCUGUCAAAAACUUGAAGCCAGAUGGUCUUCAGGGCCAUAGAGAAUGGGUGGCCGAGGUUACCUUUCUCGGACAGCUUCAUCAUCCUAACCUUGUGAAACUUAUUGGCUACUGCAUUGAAGAUGAUCAGAGGCUUCUUGUAUAUGAGUUUAUGACCCGGGGAAGUCUGGAGAAUCAUCUAUUCAGAAGAACCGUACCUCUUCCGUGGUCCAACAGGGUUAAGAUUGCACUUGGUGCAGCAAAAGGAUUGGCCUUCCUCCAUAAUGGUCCUGAACCAGUCAUUUAUAGAGAUUUUAAAACAUCAAAUAUUUUGCUUGAUACGGAAUAUAAUGCAAAGCUUUCAGAUUUUGGUCUAGCAAAAGCUGGGCCUCAAGGAGACAAGACGCAUGUUUCUACCCGAGUUGUCGGAACAUAUGGCUAUGCUGCUCCAGAAUAUGUCAUGACAGGGCAUUUGACAGCUAAAAGUGAUGUUUAUAGCUUCGGAGUUGUAUUACUUGAGAUUUUAACAGGAAGAAGAUCGAUGGACAAGAAGCGCCCGAGCGGGGAACAGAAUCUUGUUUCAUGGGCUAGGCCAUAUUUAGCUGACAAGAGAAAGCUAUAUCAACUUGUGGAUCCUCGGCUGGAAUUAAAUUAUUCUCUAAAAGGGGUGCAGAAAAUCUCUCAGUUAGCUUACAGUUGCCUCAGUAGAGACCCGAAAUGCCGUCCCAACAUGGACGAAGUGGUGAAAGCUCUGAUGCCGCUGCAAGAUCUCAAUGACCUUGCAAUCUUGUCAUAUCACUCUCGAAUAUCCCAGCAAGGGCGGCGAAAAAAGAAAUCGGAUGGAACUCCACAUCUCAGCUACACACAAUCUAAGAGCAUCAUCAGGGCUUCUCCCUUGAAUACUGGCAAGCAGCGUCGAUGAUAGGAAGCGAAACGAUCGAUCUUCCUCUGUAUUUUCGUACUCAAUCAUUGAUUGAAACAAGAGUUAGAAUGCCUCCUUUGUUGUUGGUGGUGUUGGUUUGUGGAGAUGGACAUUUCAAGCUUACAUAAUCUUUGGGUGUUUAGAACCUGUCUUGCAUGAUGAAGGCCAGAAGAAUGAUGGAAAAGUAUUGAUAAAUUGAUUUUCUUGUGCUCUUUUUAUUAGAGAGCUAACCAUCAUUAAUUUACUUUAAUUUCCUGUUUGCUAAUGCUGUGUAAUUCAGAAAAUCUUGUAUGUAUAUGAAAGGUUUCACAUCUCAGAUCUCAGUAGUUUGUUUGCUGCAACAUGAAAUCAGUUGCAUUUAGCAAUUAGCAGUUGAAGUAACAUUAUUGUUCAUGCACCUUCAAUUAAUGGUCACAAAUUUAUGCA